AUGUCCUCCCAACCGUCACCCGUCUUCCUCGUCUGGGGCGGCGACCUCAACCGCGGGUGGAUCGGCCAAAUGGUCGUCGAGCUCCUCAAACAACAAGGCAAAAACGUCCACAGCACCAUGACCCGAAUGGAAGAGCAAUCCCAAGUCCGCGCCAUCCUCGACGAAAUCAAACCAACCCAUGUCAUCAACUGUGCCGGCAAAACCGGUCGUCCCACCGUCGACUGGUGCGAAACCCAUCAAGUCGAAACAAUGGAAACCAACUGCCUCGGCGUCCACAUCGUAACGAGCGAAUGCCACAAGCGGGAUAUCCACUGCACCAUCGUCGCAACAGGCUGCAUCUACACCUCCACCUACGACCCCACAAUGACAACCCUCCUCUCCCCACCCUUCACGGAAUCCUCACCCCCCAACUUCGCCGGCUCCUUCUACAGCGCCACCAAAGCCCCCAUCGAAUCCAUCCUCGCUCACUACCCCAACACUCUCAUCCUCCGCCUCCGCAUGCCCGUCUCCGCCGACCUCUCCCCCCGCUCCUUCGUCACCAAAAUCCUCGCGUACGAACACAUCGUCAAUAUCCCCAAUUCGCACUCCAUCCUCCCUUCCCUCCUCCCGAUAAUAAUCGCUCUGGCGGAACACGGGGAAGAAGGGGUGUAUAACUUCACCAACCCUGGAGCCAUAUCCCACAACGAGGUAUUGGAAUUGUACAAGGAGAUUGUCGAUCCGAGUAUCUCGUGGAAGAAUUUCACGGUGGAGCAGCAGAGUCGGGUGAUUGUGGCGGAGAGGAGUAAUUGCGCGUUGGAUGCGGGGAAGUUGAUGGGGAAGGUGAAGCAGUAUCAGGGGGAAGGGGUGGAGGUGGAGUUGCCCGAGGUGAGGGAGGCGUAUCGGAGGUGUUUUGAGGUGUUGAAGAAGGGUUUGGGGGAGGUGCAGCAGAGGGGUGGUGCGGCUUAG